AGAUCAGCGUGCUCUACAGUAUGUAACUACUGUGCAGUAAUAAUCUGCAUUGGUGUAGUGUCUCUCUGGUGUUCUGCACUGUACCAUAUCUUAUAUUGUUGUUGUUUUCAGAUUUCUUUGAUAUUUCUUCCUCAUUUCAUGUUGGACUGAAUAGCAGCAGACUUAGAACAUUAAGGAUUAAGCUCUGUUUCAACUGGCUCCUGUGCUGUGGCAUAGUGACAAACUGAGUUUUGGGUUUUUUUUUUUUUCAGCCUGUCAUGAAGAUGAUUGUAUAGUUUAAGCAUAUUAUUUAAAUCUCUUGUAGUGUAUAAGGCACAUUCUUAAAGAGCCUGUAGCUCAUUACAGAAGAACUGUAGCUAAACAGUACUUUCAGCUUCUGUCAAAGAUAAUGCUGAUGAAGAGGCAGCUGAUUUAGAGAAAAAUAUUUCCAUUUGAAACUUGUUGCUCGAGACCCUCAUGCAUUAAUGCCUGCCCUGCUAUAUAGUGUCAGGGAACAGGUUCUGAAGUGAUGGUAUAUGUGAAAUAACAGUGCAAAUUAGCUUUCUCUUUGAGCUCUGUAAACAGAAAAUGUCAAACAAAAUUUCUAGUAUAACCAAAUUACUGAAGUAGUAGCAGUAAAAAUAUCUAAUUCCUACUAGAUUGCACAAAACCAGUGUUUACUGGAUCUCUGAGGUCUAGAUGUGUUUGGGAAUGUGUUAUAUGAUCAGCAGUACUUCCGCUGGGCUUUGAGUGUGGAUGUGUUUACAAAAUACAUGUCUUGCUAAUGCAAUUGUUUGGUUCCUGUAAUGGGAAGCUGGAAGAUAUACUGUUACCAUAAAAGUCAGGCAGAGAAACUCUCUAAGACUCAAUUUGGACUUCUAGAAAACAGCAUUCUUUAUUGCAGCACUGGGUGCACAUGCGAAUCAUUUUGCAAAGGUGAGCGCACCCAAUACUUGCUGACAGCAGCUACAUAUUUAGCAUGCUCAUGCAUAUGCAUAAGCUUUCCUAAGAACUAAUUAUAAUAUUUGCAUCCUAAUUAUGAAUGCACUUUCUUGCUGAGUGGGGGGUCUCUGGUGGUCACCGAUAGUCUUCCUCACUGUGUUUACUGAAUGUCCUCAGUGUUUGCACAUGCUUGCAAGGUCAUAGUGCUGAGUUAGCAGCUGGUAUGUCCUUGCUUCUGUUCUGUUCCAGUCUUGCUCCACACUGGGUUCUGCUCUGUUAUCUUGAAGUCUAGCAUCCUUGGUCUUAUUUACUGUCUUCCUAGUCAGUCCCAUGAUGUUCCCUUCCCCAUCAGCCAAACAUUCCUUUCUCUCUACAUGUUAGUAAGUUAGAACAGUUUGGCCUAUUCUACUAUGUUAAAGGCACACAUACUAUUGUUAAAGAUUUAAGGUUACAACAUAGUUCUUGUUUGUAGAAAACAACAUUUGCUUUGGUACAAAAAUUAGAAGAAGAACUUGGGUAAUUUACUACUGUUUGCUUUUGACUGAUGUUCCUGUCUGAUGGGCCAUACAUUGUGAAGUUUGGAUUUUCUAAUACAAAAUACACACUUAAUGCCUGUUAAUUGAGGAGGUUGGCUUGAUACAGUCUUUCAACUGCUUUAGAUAGGCCACACCAACUCCAAGAUUCUGCAUCAGGAAUUCAGUCUCCCUGGUGUUAGGCAUAGCUGGGAAACAAACAGUAUAGUCUUUGAGGGGAGACAAACUGUUAUAGUAUAGAAGUUUGAAAUUAGUCAUUGGCUGCUGUGUUUUUCAUAGAAAACCUAAUUUAGCAAUGUUUUUAAAAAAUCAGGUGCUUUGUGGAUGUGUAUAGUCUUAAAUCCCCACUGCAAGUUGGAGCAGAAGGCCAGUUGGCUAAAACAGCUGAAAAAAUGGAACAGUGUGGAUGUUUGUCCCUGGGAAGAUGGAAACCAUGGAAAUGAGCUGUCAAAUUUAACCAGUGCUUUACCUCAGGGUGCAAAUGCUAACCAAGAUUCAUCGAACAGGCAUCAUCGGACAGUGUUCACUCGAGCCAUUGAGGCAUGCAAUCUGCACUGGCAGGACAGCCACUUACAGUACAUUAUCAGCGGUGACCUAUACACCAACUGCUGUUACCAUGACAACAAUGAAAACUCACUCUUUGACUCUCAGGGGUGGCCCCUCUGGCAUGAACAUGUUCCUACAGCCUGUGCGAGGGUGGAUGCAUUACGAUCUCAUGGAUACCCACGAGAAGCACUGAGGCUAGCAAUAGCUAUUGUUAAUACACUAAGAAGACAGCAGCAGAAACAGCUGGAAAUGUUCCAGGCUCAGAAGAAAGAACUUCUCCACAAAGGAGUAACCUCAGUAACAAAUCUUGAAGGUUGGGUGGGACACCCUUUGGAUCCCAUUAGUACCCUUUUCAGUAGCCUGAUGGAAGCCUGCAGGGUGGAUGAUGAGAGCUUCCAUGGAUUCUCAGACUUCAGGGAGAAUGUGGGGCAAUGCAAAUCUCUGGAGUACCAGCACCUGCCUGCACACAAAUUCUUAGAAGAAGGGGAAUCUUAUUUAACGCUGGCUGUGGAAGUAGCAUUAAUAGGGCUGGGACAGCAACGAAUAAUGCCAGAUGGCUUGUAUGCACAGGAGAAGGUUUGUCGAAAUGAGGAGCAACUCAUUUCUAAGCUACAGGAAAUUGAAUUGGAUGAUACUCUGGUGAAGAUUUUUCGAAAACAAGCAGCCUUCCUAUUAGAAGCUGGACCAUAUAGUGGUUUAGGUGAAGUAAUCCAUCGAGAGAGUGUUCCAAUGCACACAUUUGCCAAGUAUCUUUUCACCUCUCUCCUACAUCAUGAUGCUGAAUUGGCAUACAAAACUGCGCUGAGAGCCAUGCGGUUGCUAGUAUUGGAAUCUACAGCUCCUUUGGGAGACAUGUCCCACCCACACCACAUUGCAUCAAUUGUUCCAAACCGGUAUCCCCACUGGUUCACCCUAAGUCACAUCGAAUCCCAGCAGUGUGAGCUGGCAUCGACCAUGCUAACAGCAGCCAAAGGUGAUGUUUGGAGGCUGGAAACAGUGUUAGAAUCCAUCCAGAAAAAUAUCCACUCCUCAUCACACGUCUUCAAACUUGCCCAGGAUGCAUUUAAAAUAGCAACACUCAUGGACAGCUUGCCAGAUAUCACUCUUCUGAAAGUUUCUCUGGAGUUGGGCCUUCAGGUGAUGCGGAUGACGCUGUCAACACUGAAUUGGCGACGGCGGGAAAUGGUGAGGUGGUUAGUAACAUGUGCAACAGAAAUAGGUAUGUUUUGAGAUGCUUCUUAAGGGCUUCUGCUUUUUUGUCAGCUAAUCUUAGGGGGCUUGAUCUUGUUUGUGAGGACCCAGGCUCUGCAAAUGUCUCCCACUUCCUGUUCAUCUAUAAAAUUCCUUUGAUUAGAAGACAUUAAUUAUGGCAAUGAUGAGUGGGUUUUUUGAGCAUGUGAUAGAAUAAACACAAGCCAAGUGCAACAAUAGUUGAGUAAUGCAGAGUGACUUCUUUCCCCUUCAGUGUAGGGGCAUGCAUAACCUCAUGAGAAAUACCCUAGAUUUCUCCUUGUCCCCUCCACACUGGGUUUGGGUUUGAGGCUACAGCAGAUAAAAGGCUCAUGGUCAUGGGCUUUUACACCAUUCUACAACUUUGCUUGCACUGAAAGGUGGGACACCAAAAAUCUGGUGAGUGUGCUAUCUAUCUGGUCAACUGUGGGGAAGAGGAACCAGAAAACAGGUGAAUGAAAUGCUGAGGAUGUCUUUGUGUGGCAGACCAUCUCAUGAAGGGGCAAUCAUUGCUUGCUGUUUUCUGUUUUGUUUUUUAAAGCCCUGGGUAAAUCCAAGCUUAGAGUGCAGUGCAUCUUUGUUAUGUGGCUAUGACAUAGUGGCCUGCCUCUCAUCUGCACUGGAAAGCAAACCAAACAUUAAUGCACCCAUCCAUGUAAGGUGAAUAUAAGGUGGGAGCAGAACUAGCCUCGUACUUAGAGGACCGUAGUGGGAGAAUAGUGCACUCAGCAGGACAUUAUGUUAAUUUUGGGGUUUUGCCAUAAAUUUUUUGUGUGUUUUGAUGAGGCAUCCCUUAGCUUCUUGUCCUGGGUUCAGCACUGAACCCAGGCCACUUUUAUAUUCUGGUUUGUCAUCUGUGAGAUGAGGAUACAGAAUCUGAAAGUGAAGAUGUGAGCAUUAAAAAGUGUGGUAGUGAGGACAAUAUCAGUAUUAUGAUAAGGGAGCAAUUUUAAUUGCCACUAAAGGUAUUAUUGGAAAGUAUGCUUCCGUACUGUAUUUACUACUUUUUCAUACAUCUUGAGUUUCAGAACUUUAAAGGAUUGCUGCUGCUUAUUCUCUGGGAAAUUAAUGUUGUUACUAGCAUGGGAAAAUAAAGCUUGCCUUUGUAUGCCCUCAGUCAGAAAAUUGUUUGUCUGCGAAUUUCCAUGCAAUGCUCUUGUUUUAUUGCUUUUACAUCUUUGCUAAGGUAAUUAUUACUGAGGCUAUCUUGUAGAUAUUAGUUCCUGGGUAUUAUUUUGUGAAGUUACAUAUUGGCAAAUAAUAAAAUGUUGUGUUUAAUGUUGCUUUA